UCUCAGGCUCGAAAUGCAGAAAAGGCCAUGACGGCCUUAGCAAGAUUUCGCCAAGCUCAGCUGGAAGAGGGAAAAGUGAAGGAACGAAGACCUUUCCUCGCCUCUGAGUGUGCUGAGCUGCCGAAAGCUGAGAAGUGGAGACGACAGAUCAUUGGGGAGAUCUCUAAAAAAGUGGCUCAGAUUCAGAAUGCUGGUCUUGGCGAAUUCCGAAUUCGGGACCUGAAUGAUGAAAUAAACAAGCUGCUGAGGGAGAAAGGACACUGGGAGGUCCGGAUAAAGGAGCUGGGCGGUCCAGACCAUGGGAAAGUUGGCCCUAAAAUGUUGGAUCACGAAGGGAGAGAAGUCCCCGGAAACCGAGGCUACAAGUACUUCGGUGCCGCCAAAGACUUGCCGGGUGUCCGCGAGCUGUUCGAGAAAGAGCCACUUCCCCCUCCCCGAAAGACCCGCGCCGAGCUCAUGAAAGCUGUCGACUUCGAGUACUACGGUUACCUGGAUGAGGACGACGGUGUCAUUGUGCCUUUGGAGCAGGAGUAUGAGAGGAGAUUCAGAGCUGAGUUAGUGGAGAAGUGGAAAGCGGAGAGAGAGGCCCGGCUGGCGAGAGGAGAGAAGGAGGAGGAGGAGGAGGAGGAGGAGGAGGUCAACAUCUACGCCGUCACCGAGGAGGAGUCUGACGAGGAAGGCGGCCGGGAGGAAGGAGGGGAGGACGGACAGCAGAAGUUCAUCGCCCACGUGCCUGUGCCGUCGCAGCAAGAGAUCGAGGAGGCGCUUGUGCGGAGGAAGAAAAUGGAGCUCCUGCAGAAGUAUGCAAGCGAGACCCUGCAGGCCCAGAGCGAGGAAGCCAAAAGGCUCCUGGGAUACUAGGGCCAAGCCAGGGCCGCCUUGGUUUGGAAGACUGUCCCCUCCCGCACCCCCAGCCUGGAGAUGGUGAGGCUGCCCGUUGCUGCUGCUCGUCCACUCCCCUUGCACCUCAUCCCUGGGCCGAGGGGAGGGUUGUCUCCGCUGCCCUGGUGGCCAGCCUGGGGCUGACUUCAGCCACAUCUUCGUAGGACUGUGUGGCCCUGUAGGAAUACUCUUCUCCUCUCUCUCUUUUACUAGUGGAAUAACAAAGCCUUGGAAUACUACAGCAAGGGUAAACCAGUACAAAGCAGGGAGAGGUGAGAGUGAAGGGCACUCUGGAGCAGUGGGGCCGGGCUGGCUCCGAGGGUGGACGCCCUCCUGGACCCCGUGUCUAUACUUUGGGGUAUGAUGUGGGCGCUGCCUGGCUUCCUGUGGGUUUUUUCCUGCCUUGUCCUGACGCUGGGGGUGUGGAGAGCAUCGAUUAGCGGCCAACAUUUAACGAAUGUGAUUUUCCUUUAAAAAAAAACAAAAACAAAAAGUGUCUUAAAAGAAGUAUCCAGCAGGGGCUGAUGGCCAGAGCUAGCCCUCACCCCCAACCCACUCCAUCCCCACGUGCCCUGCCGGGGGGUAGACUACCCUGUCCUGUGACCUGUUCUGUAGAGAGCUAUUUUCAUUAAAGAUUUUUAUAAGAAAGGGAA